AUGACUACAUCAGAAUCAACACCUAUGAAUACUGAUGAUGCAGAUAUUCCAAGUAGUUCAGCAACUGAUACAACUGUUGGACAACGUAAACGUUUUGAAGUUAAAAAAUGGAAUGCUGUAACAUUAUGGGCAUGGGAUAUUGUUGUUGAUAAUUGUGCAAUAUGUCGUAAUCAUAUUAUGGAUCUUUGUAUUGAAUGUCAAGCAAAUCAAGCUGCAGCAACGACUGAAGAAUGUACUGUUGCUUGGGGUGUAUGCAAUCAUGCAUUUCAUUUUCAUUGUAUUUCACGUUGGCUUAAAACACGUCAAGUAUGUCCAUUAGAUAAUCGUGAAUGGGAAUUUCAAAAAUAUGGUCGUUGA